UCCCAGGCCGCGCCCCGCAAGGGGAGGGGGCACCCCAAGAGCAGGCUUGGAGGCCCGGGAGCGCCUUGGGGAGGGGGUCCCCGACCUGCCAGGAGCCCGGCCCUCCCGGUGCCGGGGUGGACACUGUUAGUGUAGUCAUUGUCCCUAUGGAGAAACUGAGGCACGGAGAGGCUGAAGUCACACAAGCCUGCCACGAUGACCAUCAUGGUGGAGGACAUCAUGAAGCUGCUGUGCUCCCUUUCUGGGGAGAGGAAGAUGAAGGCGGCUGUCAAGCACUCUGGGAAGGGUGCCCUGGUCACAGGGGCCGUGGCCUUUGUCGGGGGUUUGGUGGGCGGCCCACCGGGACUCGCCGUUGGGGGGGCUGUCGGGGGGCUGUUAGGUGCCUGGAUGACAAGUGGACAGUUUAAGCCAGUUCCUCAGAUCCUAAUGGAGCUGCCCCCUGCCGAGCAACAGAGGCUCUUUAACGAAGCUGCAGCCAUCAUCAGGCACCUGGAGUGGACGGACGCCGUGCAGCUGACCGCGCUGGUCAUGGGCAGCGAGGCCCUGCAGCAGCAGCUGCUGGCCAUGCUGGUGAACUACGUCACCAAGGAGCUGCGGGCCGAGAUCCAGUAUGAUGACUAGGCUGCGCCUCUGGGGAGGUGGGGGGCCCCUUUAGAUGACUCUGUGACUCUGAAGAGGUGGCUUGGGAGUUGGGAGAAGCCCAGUGGAUGCCCCUGGGGAAUCUCCACGUCAUCAGUGUAUUACUGGCAAUGUCCUGCUGGAGAGGCCACCGCCGUGCAGUGUCACGUUCCAGAUAUUACUGAUGAAGCAGCAUGUGUUGGUGGCAUGUGCACUGGCAUGCCAUGACAGCCCUCUGACUGGCCACCCAGUGAAGAGUAAAGGCCUGCCUGCCACAGGCUUCGGAGGCGUCUGCUGAGUCCUCGCCCGCGUGGGUCUGGGGAAGUGAUCAUGCUCAGCCGACAGUCUGACCACACUUCAUCCUCUCCCCGGGGCCUUCUCAUCUUGGGAGAUGACUCCUCUUCCGAGCACCUGCUGCAGAACUGGAUCCCACCCCCCUGCAGGCCCUGGGGUCUCAGGGCCUUGGAGCAGCCCAUGCUGGAAUCAUGUUUACCUCCUAGUGCAGCCCUCCCCUACCCAGGGACUGCCGAAUGGCCCCGUGGAGGGGACGGGCGGCCUGCUGAGUGAAGCCUCAAAUACCGAGUGGACUUGACCCCGGCCCCCACUAGGCUGCACACCUAGACUUGCCCUGCCAGGGCCUUGCUCUUCCUAUCUGAAAAGUCAUGGUAGUUCUUGAGGUUUACUUCUCAAAUGAAAUAUUUUUAGUAAAAAGUACAGGCAUAUCUCGGAGAUAUUGUGGGUUCAGUUCCAGACCACCUCGGUAAAGCCAACAUCACGAUAAAGCAAGGAAGCACAUUGUUUUAGUUUCCCAGCGCAUCUAAAAGUCAUGUUUACUGCAUAUUGCAGUCCAUUAAAUGUGCAAUAGCAUUACGUCUAAAAAAUAUACAAACCUUAAUUUAAAAAUAUUUAUUGUUCAAAAUGCUGACACAGAAACGCAAAGUGAGCACAUGCUGUUGGAAAGUGGUGCCAAAUAGACUUGCCUGACGCCAGGCUGCUACAAACCUUCAAUUUAAAAAAAAAACACAGUAUCCACAAAGCAUAGUAGAAUGAGGUAUGCCUGUAUUGCUCUUUCUGAAGUGGUGUGAUAUAAACCAUCUCUAAGAAAUGUUUCUACCCUAAAGAUUGCCCCAGUACAGUCAGCUCUCUGUAACUGUGGGCUGCACAUUUAGAUCCAACCAGCCUUGGAUAGAAAAUAUUUGAAAAAAAAAUUGCGUCUGUACUGAACACGUACAGACCUUUUUUUCUUGCCAUUAUUCCCUAAACAAUAUGGUGUAGCAUAUUUACAUAGCAUUUAUAGUGUAUUUGGUAUUAUAAGAAAUCUGGAGAUGAUUUAAAUUAUACAGGAAAGUGUGCGUAGGUUAUAUGCAAAUGCUAUGCCAUUGCCCAUCAGGGACUUGAGCAUCCUCAGAUGUCGCUGUCUGAGGGUUGAGGUUGCAGUCCUGGAACCCAUUCCCCAUGGAUACUGAGGCAUAGCUGUACUGUGUGUUUUCACUUUGCUUUCAGAACUACAACUUGAAUGUGAUCGAUUACAAUAAAUGUUUUUCUAAAAAGCCAUUUUCCCACAUAUUACGUGUAAAAUACCUCUAACAUUCAAAGUCUUACAAAUGGAACAAGAGGGAAGGUACCAGAUCUGUGUCUUUAAAGAAUGCAAGAGUAGGUCAGGCGAGGUGGCUCAUGCUGGUAAUCCCAGCAAUUUUGGAGGCCAAAGUGGGAGGAUCGCUUGAGGCCAAGAGUUUGAAACUAGCCUGGGCAAUAUAGUGAGACCUCCAUCUCUACAAAAAAUGUUAUUCCUUGGUCCCCAGGUCCUGGGGCAGGGCAGGGACUUGGGGCUCUCCUCUCAGCCCCUGGAGGCUCAGAGGGAGGCACUUCUGCUGAGGCCCCGCUUAGAGGAAAGCUCAGUAUCCUGGCACCUCCAUGUGUGUAAGGACGUCAGGGUGAAUUAUAACCCAUGGUGAUUAAGGAAGGGCCGAGCCUUUCUCUUGCAGAGCGAUUGCUCUUCCGCUGGCCUCGUCUAGCACAAAUCAGGUGCCCUAGCACAGGCCACACUCCUGGAGUUAAUGAAGCCACUUUAAUCAUUUAUGUGCCACUUAAGUUGAUGGGGGACAGGGCAGGGGUGGGAAGGAGGGGUUGUCUGUGAAAACUGAGUGUGGCUUUUUCUUGUUGAACUGAUCAUUCCUGCUCUUCCUGCAAAUAAGUCCUUCAUACAGUCCCUGGAACUAUAAAUGGAAAAUCAGAACAUGGCCUCUCCCAAUUUUGUAUAGCUUUAGUGGGCUCUAAAGUUGCCCGUUUUUAGUGUGAAAGAAAAAACGUUGAUUUGCAGAUAUGAUCAUGAGAAUGAAACUUCAACAAAGAUGUUUGGUUCAGUGCUUCAAAGUUGGGGGACACUUUUUCCACAUUGAACAAAUGCCAACUUCUCCGGUUGCUUACAGCAAAUCCUUCUGGAACAAUCGGGGCUGAAAUUGAGUUCCCUUUGUGAGGCGAUUGGGCCCCACUCAUUCUUACUCGUGCAUCAGGUCCUGGUCUGUGUCAGACCCAGGGGACACAGGUGGUCCCAGCUCAGAGGCCCAGUGUCCACUGCAGCCCCUUCCACAGCCUGCCCACCCCUAUCGCAGGGAAAAAUGCCCAGGGAGGAGAUGGUCCAACUCCUGACCAGUUUCGUGUCUGAUAGAGCAGGCCUUGCUGAGUGAAGACACUAGGACUAGCUGGGUCCUGGGGUGACUUAGAGGCUUUGGGCCUAAAAGGGCAGCCUGAACCUGGAGUCUCAUCUCCCCCAGGAGCUGAAAGCACUUUUCUUGAUUUCCCCCAGGAAAUCAAGUGCUGCUUCUCAGCUCCUGUGGUUUUAGUAUUUAUAUAUGUGUAUCUUCUUUGUAGAAAUUUAUUUAUUUUUCAAUAAGUAAUACCUGCCUGGUAACAAAAUUUAAAAGAUACGGGAGGGUGCAAGCUGUAAGGGAAGGCCUUCUCCCAUGCCGACCCCAGAGGCAGCCACUGUUACCAAUUUCAUGUGUAUUCCUUUAACUCUGUUUUAAAGUAAGUCUCUGAAAACUGUUCAUUUCCUUUUGUCAGUAUUUCUUGCUGAAAACCUAGAAAAACCCAGAAAAGUAUAAUGAAAUAAAAACUACAAAUUUCACCACCCAGAAAA